AUGACUUUUCUUAAAUUACUAACUCAAAAAUCUUUUAAUAAAAUUUUUAAUCCCUACUCUCCAACAAUUUUUCAAAAAGCCCAAAUUGGUGGUUGUGCAUGUCCUCCAAGUGAAGAAGAUGUCGAUUAUGCUUUUGAAAUGUCCAGCUCAACUUUACGUUUUGGCAAAGGAGUAACUAAAGAAAUUGGUUUUGAUGUUGUUACAUUUGGAGCUAAAAAUCCACUAAUUGUAACUGACAAAAAUGUGGCUAAAACUGUUGCUUUUGAAAAUGUUGCAAAUUCAUUAACUAAAUUGGGAAUUGCUUUUGAAGUUUUUGAUGAGAUUAAAUGCGAACCUUCACAACAAAGCAUGCAAUUAGCUAUUAAUUUUGCUCGGAAAAAACCUUUUGAUUGUUUUUUGGCUGUUGGUGGUGGUUCUGUUAUUGAUACAGCCAAAGCAGCAGCUUUGUAUGCAAACAACCCAAAUGCUGAAUUUUUUGAUUUUGUACAAAAACCGUUUGGUCUUGGACUUAUUCCUGAUAAAACAAUGCUUCCACUGAUUGCUGUCCCAACAACAGCGGGUACUGGAAGUGAAACAACAGGCGUUUCAAUUAUUGACAUACCCGAAAAACAAUGCAAAACGGGCAUCAGACUUCGAUGUAUCAAACCAAAUUUGGCUAUAAUCGAUCCUCUAAAUGUUAUGUCAAUGCCUAGAAAUGUUGCAAUUUAUUCUGGUUUCGAUGUUUUAUGUCACGCUUUGGAAUCCUACACAGCUAAACCUUACAAUAAACGUUCUCCUCUUCCGUCAAGUCCAAAUGUUCGACCAGUCUAUCAAGGCUCUAAUCCGGUAAGCGAUGUUUGGGUAAGAGAAGCUCUUCAAAUUGUUAAAAAAUAUUUUCGACGAUCAAUCUUUAAUCCAGAAGAUGAAGAAGCACGUACAUACAUGAUGAUGGCUAGUUCAUUUGCUGGGAUGGGGUUCGGAAACGCUGGUGUACAUUUAUGUCACGGACUUUCUUACCCAAUAAGUUCACAAGGCAAAUCUUAUUUUGACAAGCAUUAUUCAAAAGAACAUCCACUAAUUCCCCAUGGAUUGUCUGUUGUUUGUACAGCGCCUGCCGAUUUUUUAUUUACAACUUGUGCAGAUCCAAAAAGACAUUUGGAAGCAAGUCAAUUAUUGGGAUCUGACUUACCUAAUACAGCAAGUCCUGAUACAAUCGCAAACGUUUUGGCCGAUCAAUUACGUUCGUUUAUGUCAGAUUUUGGAUGUCCAAACGGUUUAAAACAAAUGGGUUUUGAUAGAAGCAAUGUAGAUAAAUUGGCAGAAGCUGCACUUAAUUCAUUCCGGUCAAAUCCAAUUUCGCCAAGAGAAAUUGAUUUUGAUUCGGUUUCUGAUAUUUAUGAGAAGUCAUUAAAUGUAUAUUAGAUUAGAGGGGGGGGGUGAUAUUUAAAGAUAUUUCUCGGUGAUAUAAAUGACUUACGACACUUGCGGACAAACAUUUGCGGACAAAACCAAAUUCAAAUAAGAGGUUCAUAUCACGGCUUAUAUAUUUUGGUGCUUUCUUAUGAUCACACCACUCGUAUCUCACUCACAAGUUACAGAAAUCCCUGGGUGUCCGAAAAUACAAGUC